AUGGCUAUCCCGCAGAGGCCUUCUUUACUGACGCCGCGCUUGAUUUUGAUGUAGCCACCUUCGCCCCAGUCGCCUCCCCAGGAGUUCUUCACCAGCCAGUAAUUGUCGCCGGCUUCCUUGCCGUACCCGACAGUUGCGACACCGUGGUUGAGGGAAGUCCCGCAUUCCCCGGUGAAGACACCAUUGGAAUACAUCUGGAAGGAGAACCCGCCGGCGUCGAUGGCGACGGACACCGGCUGGUUGGCGACCGCCGCCUGAAGCGCCGGCUCGCUGUUGACGGCGACGUUCUUGUAGCCCGCGAUGGUGGCGGUGGGCUUGGACGAUUUUCCGGCGUCGCAGGUCCCGUCUUCGUCUUUGUAA